AUCGUAUCAUGAUUGAUUAACUUGUGAUAUCGGUGAUAUUAGAAGUAAUCUCGAGACAGUAGAGCAAAAUAAAUUCAACAAUUUCUCAUUCGAUUAAGAACUGCAGUUUGCGCGACAUAUUCAUUUAGAAACGUGCUGUGAAAAUUAGAUACAUCAAUUUUCCGCUAUAGAAUUGUGACUAAUUCUCUAUAUCAAAAUUAUUUUGUUUAAACGUGAUCAAAAUAUUAGGAAAAGCAAAGCAAAACGCAGUAUUAUUGCAAAUAAACAAUCAACUUUUGCUCAUUUGUAUAAAUAGAGUUACGGACGCUUAUAACGUUGUAAAAUAAAAUAUAAAGCCAUGAAAAAACGUUAAUAUUAGUUAUAAAAGCCAUAAAAACGUUAAUAAGAUGAAGAUCUUGCGGAAGCAUUUAUUACUUUGUACCCUAAUCACAUUACUCAGUGGGAACGUAGCAGAUAAGUCUCUCUUUCACGAUGAUAUACUUAUGCAAAAUGGAGCUGUCUCACCAAAUGACGACUCCAUCGAUUACAGAUUACCAACAAAUGUUAAACCCACUUUGUAUGAGAUCAUGUUGGUUCCUUACUUAAAAGAGGGCAAUUUUACGGGCAUCGAAAAAAUUGAAGUUACUGUAAUGAAAGAAACCGACACUAUUACGUUACACGUGGGGAAUAUCGAAAUCGAAUCAGUAACUGUUGUAAAGUUACCAAAUAAAGAAUUUAUUAAUGGCACUUUAAAUGAAAAGGAUUCAAUUACUGAAAAAUACAAUAUUAAAGUCCCUGACAUCCUCAUACAGGGAACGCAGCUAGUAAUUAGCUUUACGUACAAAGGUAUCUUGUCCGAUAACAUGAUCGGAUUUUAUAGAAGUUCUUACAUCGAACAAGGAGAGAUCAAAUGGCUAGCUGCGACACAGUUUCAUGCGACACACGCGAGACAUGCCUUCCCAUGCUUCGAUGAACCAUCUUUUAAGGCAAAAUUCAAAAUCAGUAUAGCAAGAGACGAGGAUUUUGGAACUCUCAGUAAUAUGCCGUUGGAAAGUUCUGAACAGCUGAAACUGGGAAGCAAGAUUUGGGACGUUUACGGACAAAGCUUGGAAAUGUCCACCUACUUAGUGGCCUUUGUCGUUUCACAAUUCAAAUUUCUUAAAAACAGUACUCCUAGUUUAGACUUUAAAGCAUGGUCUAAACCAUCCACUUACAAACAGGCUGAUUACGCUUUGACAACCGGCGUAAAAAUUCUCCAACAUUUUGCAACAAAAUUCGAAUCCGAAUAUCAACUUCCUAAAAUGGAUAUGGUAGCCGUACCUGACUUCGCAGCCGGCGCCAUGGAAAAUUGGGGAUUGGUGACAUAUCGCGAAAGUCGAAUGCUGUAUGACGAGAAAGAAUCAUCGGCGGCAGCGCAGCAGAGUGUGGCUUCCGUGGUUGCUCACGAGCUUUCGCACAUGUGGUUUGGGAAUUUGGUGACGCCAGAAUGGUGGAGUUACAUGUGGCUUAGCGAAGGGUUCGCCACAUACUUUCAAUACUUCGGUACUGCGCAGAUCGAAUCAUCAUGGGACAUGGAUAAACAAUUCGUAGUAGAGCAACAUCAAACUGCAUUAAUUGCGGACGGUCUUGAAACUUCUCUUCCGAUGAGUCGAGAGGUUAAAAAUAAAGAGCAAAUUGCAGGAGCAGGAGAUACUAUUACUUAUAACAAAGGCGCUAGUAUUAUUCGUAUGAUGAGCCACUUACUAGGAGAUAAAAUUUUCGAAGAAUCAUUAAAACUUUAUCUAAAAAACAACAAAGACGAAGGAUUGGGCAAUCCGGAUAAAUUAUGGAAUGCAGUACAGGAAGCAAACAAAGAUUCAGUAUUAAAAGAGUUGAAUAUAAAAAAAAUAAUGGAAUCUUGGACUAAAAAAGCCGGAUACCCCGUUGUAUCAAUCGCCGUUAAUAAUGAUGGUACAAUGAAUGUUACUCAAGAACGUUUUCUUCUGAGAAACUUGGAAGAAACUCCUCAGGAUAUCACUUGGUCUAUUCCGCUCACGUACGGACAAAAAAAAUCAGACCUCGAUAAUGUGAUUUUUAAAUACUUACUAGAAACCAACGAAGUCACAAUAAAUCAAAAAGUUAACAUAGAGCAGUGGAUCAUAUUUAAUGUUCGUUCAUCAGGUUUUUAUCGAGUAAAUUAUGAUCUCCCCGGAUGGCAGAAAAUUUUGAGUGUGUUAAAAGAGGGCAACAUAACUGAUAUUAAUGUAUUAAAUAGAGCUAGCAUUAUAGAUGAUCUGUUAAAUCUGGGUAGAGCAGGGUAUCUAAAUUACGAUAUAAUUUUGGACGGAUUGCUUUAUCUUAAAAGAGAAAGGGAUUAUUUACCCUUUAAAGCAGCAUUUAAUGGUUUGGAAUAUCUAAAUAGGCGAUUUUCGGGACAUGCGGAGCACACCUUAUUUAAGACGUAUGUCUUGUCUCUUCUCGGUAAUGUAAACAGCCAAUUAGGAUAUGAGGAGCCAACUACUGAAGAUAAUAGAUUAAACACUCUAUUACGACGAGAGAUGAAUAACUGGCUCUGUAAUUUCAAUGAUGAGGAAUGUAUAAAUAUUUUCAAAACUAAAUUUGAUGUGUGGAGAAAAGAUAAGAAAAAGAGAAUCAACCCGAACGAAAGGCCCAUAGCCUAUUGCACAGCCAUAAGACAUGGAACAACUGAAGACUGGAAUGAUUUAUGGAAGGAGUACUCUGAAUCCAUUUAUGUAGCCGAUCAAGCGAUGAUUCUAAACGCUUUGGGAUGCAGUAACGAUACUAAUAUCAUAGAAAAAUAUCUGAAAGCUGCUAUUAGUAGUUAUAUAGACGGUGGAAUUCGUAAACAGGAUAGUACAAGUGUCUUCGCCGCCGUUUAUAACUCUGGUCUGUAUGGCGCUGAAUUUGUCCUUGAUUUUGUUGACAAAUAUCACAAAGAAAUGGAGGAAUACUACGGAGGCCAGGCUACAAUAGCUACAAUCCUCGAUGGAGCAUCGCAGCACCUCUCUACUAUCGAAUCAGUAAAUAAAUUCAAAAAACUCAUAGAAGACCACAAAGCAGAUUUUAAGUCGAUCCAAGAAUCUCUGGACUAUUCUUUAAAGGUCGCUCAAUAUGAAUUGAAUUGGUAUACCAAAUUUUCGACAUCUAUAAUUCAGUGGCUAAAGGAACGUGAAAAGCUCACAUAUCGCCUACCUUUGAAUAUAAUUCCUGAAAGUUACAAUAUUUCCCUUACACCUUAUUUGUGCGGAGAUUUUCAUUUCGACGGAAAGGUGGCGAUUAAAGCCAAAGUUAAGGAACCGACAAGUCAGAUCAUUUUGCACUCAUCGAAUAUUGAAUAUAAAGAUGAACAUAAGCUGAAAGUGGUUAAAAAAGUAGGAUGCAUUCAGGAAGAAGUGACGAUCCUAAAAAAAGAGGUCCUAAAGCAAUUUGACUUCUUUGUGAUAUAUCUCAAAGAAGAAUUAUCCGUUGGAACAAAUUUGAUCAUCGAAAUCGAAUACACGGGUAGCUUGAAUACGCCAGAUCUUCGUGGCUUCUACAGGAGCUCUUACAUGGACGAGAAAGGACAACAAAAAUGGCUCGCAGCCUCACAUUUGGAACCCGUUGGUGCCAGAAAAAUGUUCCCGUGUUUCGAUGAACCAGCAUUAAAAGCGGUCUUCACUAUUCAAGUCAAUGUGCCAACAGAUUACGGAAGAUACGAAGUUAUCAGUAAUAUGGAAUGGAAGUCGAUCAAGAAAAGCGAUGAUCGAAGAUAUGUAUCAUACACCUUCUUUGUAUCAGAACCGAUGUCGACAUAUCUAGUAUCAGUUAUUGUUUCUGACUUCAAGUCUGAAUCUAUAAAAAUAAAUGGAACUGAAUUAGCCGUAUAUGCACGUCCCAAUACUUUCAAUCAAUCUGAUUACGCUCUAGACAUAAUGUAUCCAUUGGUGAAAUUUUUCGAGACAGUAUACAAACAGGAGUAUCAGCUCUCAAAACUCUUUAUGGUUGCGCUGCCCGAUUUCUCAUCAAAAGCAAUGGAGAAUUGGGGUCUUUUAACAUAUAGAGAAACAAAUAUGUUAUACGAUGAGAAGCACUCGUCAAUCAUAAAUAAACAGAACAUCAGAAAUGUAAUUGCUCACGAAAUCUCCCAUCAAUGGUUCGGAAAUUUGGUCAGUCCUGAAUGGUGGAAGUAUUUAUGGUUGAAAGAGGGAUUUGCUAGAUACUUUGAAUAUCACGCUCCCGCUCGUGUAUUUGACGACAAAACGAUAGAAUCGCAAUUUGUGGUGGACCAAGUACAUUCCGCUUUUGGUGUAGAUAGUUCCAAAUCUACACAUCCCAUGACUUACGAUGUAACAACCCCUUGUGAAAUUCAAAGUAUAUUCGAUACAAUUAAUUAUGCUAAGGCUGGUAGCAUAUUAAGAAUGGUCCAAAAAACAUAUGGAACCGAUGUGUUUGAUACUGCAUUAAGUGACUAUCUUGAUAAACGGAAAUAUAGCAUUGCUACGCCAGAACACUUGUAUGAAUCACUUCAACAAAAAUUAAAUGAAAGUGGACUGAGAGACGACAUCAAGGCCAUCUUAGACACAUGGACAACUAAACCUGGCUAUCCUGUUGUUAGUGUUAAUGUUUCAAAAGAUUCUAUAUAUUUAAAACAAAAACGUUUCUUCCUCAAAGAUCAUGAGAAUAAUUCUGAUCAAACUAUCUGGCACAUUCCAAUCACAUGGGCAUCAAUUCAAAAUAGUUCGAAUUACUUUGACACCACACCGAAAUUAUGGUUGACAAAAAAUGAGACAAUAAUAAACAACCCAUCAGAUUCACUUUUAAUAUUUAACACACAGCAAUCAGGUUAUUAUCGUGUAAAUUAUAACAAAGAAUAUUGGAUGAAGCUGAUAGAUUAUCUUAAAAAACAAGAUAUUCAAUUAAUUCACGAAAUCAAUCGCGCGGCGUUAAUUGAUGAUCUUAUGAAUCUUGGAAGAGCAGACUACAUCGAUUACAACAUUGUUAUAACUGCUACAAUGUAUUUGGCAAAAGAAGAUAAUUAUUUCCCCUGGCGUGCAUUCUUUAAUAAUCUAGAUUAUUUGAAUAAGCGUUUUACGGGACGCGAUAUUGAAGGUUUAUAUAAAAAAUGGUUAACAUCGUUAAUAGGACAACUUUACGCACGGAUAGGCUUUGAAGAUCACGAGAAUGACGACAAUCUGACCAAGAUAUUAAGAAUGCACACUCGCAAAUGGGCCUGUAAAUUAAAUAUAGCAAAUUGUACAUUUAAUGCUGAAAAAUAUUUCCGAGAGAAACAUUCAGGAACAAUUAUACCACCAAAUUACCGCGACGCAGUCUAUUGUACAAUCAUGAGAAUGGAUAAGACAAAUAAUAGUUACGAGUAUCUUUGGUCUGAAUACAUACAGAGCAACGUGGACACAGAUAAACUCGUAAUUCUUAAUUCAUUGGCUUGUUCAGAAAAGAAAGAUAUUUUAGAACAAUUAAUAUGGGAUGCGAUCAAAGAGAAUUCAGAAAUACGAUACCAAGAUAGUGCAAAAGUAAUCUCGAAUAUUUACGAUGCAAGUUUAAUUGGCGUUGAAGUUGUCAUGAAAAUGAUUGAAACGCAUUACGAUCGUAUAUUGCGUCGACACUUUAAUGAUUAUACAAGAAUUGCCAGUAUAGUUAGCGCAUUGGCAAGCAGAUUAUCUACUUAUGAUCUCUAUAAUCAGUAUAAAAGAUUACUCAAUCGAUUGGUUCAGAAAGAACCGGAAUUUAUGAAAUCAGUGGAAUCUUAUUUGACAACGGCGGAAUAUGAGUUCGAUUGGUAUGAAAGAAAAAUGCCAAUAAUUUUUGCAGCAUUGGACAGUCUGUUUUCAAGCAGUACGUACCGUUUGCCGAAAACGCUUGUUCCAAAACUGUACAAUGUAUAUCUCACACCUCACAUGAACGAAGGCGUCUUCGAAGGAAAAGUGGAAAUACACAUGACAGUUAGAGAAAAUACUACAUUAAUAGCUUUCAAUUCUCAUAAACUCGAUAUCUUAAAUAUCAAAAUCUUGAGAAAUGGUGCAGCAAUGCAAGUGCAGAGUUUCACGACACAUGUUCCGCAACAACUAAAAAUAUAUUUACCCAACUAUGUAUAUAAGUAUGACAAGAUAAUAGCGGAAAUUCAUUUUAUUGGAAUUUUAAAUGAUAAUAUGACUGGAUUCUAUCGUAGUUCGUAUUUUGAUAGUAAUGGAGUACAACAUUGGCUUGCUGCAACACAUUUUGAACCCACCUAUGCAAGACAAGCUUUCCCCUGCUUCGAUGAACCAGCAUUUAAAUCGAAGUUCACUAUUAACAUUCAGAGGCCCAACCAUUAUAACUCGCUGAGUAAUAUGCCACGCAAAACAACAGUUAAAAAUCCUGAGAAUGAUAAAUACACAUGGGACAUGUUCUACACUAGUAAUGUCGCUAUGUCGACAUAUCUUGUAGCGUUCGUUGUCUCCGAAUUUCAAUCUGUUGAUGAUCCUAAAAACGCAACUCUCAACGUAUGGGGUAGACCAGAAGUCGCGGCAUAUGGCAAAUAUGCUCAAAAUAUUGGCAGGGAAGUUGUUAAGAAGUUGCAGGAUAUUACUGCCCUCGAUUAUCCUUUACUUAAACUGGACUUGGCGGGAAUCCCAGAUUUUUCCAUGGGCGCGAUGGAGAAUUGGGGCCUUACUACUUUCCGUGAAUAUGGACUUUUCUAUGAUGAGAAAGAAGCUACAUCCACGUAUGAAAAAUACCUAAUCACCGUAAUAGCGCACGAACUUACUCACAUGUGGUUCGGAAAUCUCGUUACUUGCGACUGGUGGGAUUAUAUUUGGCUCAACGAAGGUUUCGCACAAUAUUUUCAAUGGUUUAUAUCAGAUCUGAUACAACCAGAAUACAAAUUCAUAGAUCAAUUUGUGGUAUACGAACUACAUCCUGCUCUGUCAAAAGAUGCUUCAAUUUCAACACAUCCUAUGACAAAUCCAGUUAGAACACCGGAAGAAAUAGCAAAUAUAUUUGACUAUGUCACCUAUGGAAAAUCCGCCAGUGUUUUACGAAUGAUGUUCAACGUAUUCGAUCGAGAAACUUGUUUAUUGGCACUCCGUGAUUAUUUACGAAAACGAAUGUACCUUACGGCACGUCCUACGGAUUUAUGGGAAAGUUUCGAAUCGUUCGCAUCGAUACCAGUUGGCAAUAAAACCACAAGUGUCGAGGAAGUCAUGAAUACUUGGACGAAUCAAUCGGGAUAUCCCGUUGUCAAUGCUACAUUAACUGAUAACAUAUUAACGCUAACUCAGGAACGGUUCCUAAUAAAUAAAACUACUACUUACGAUGAGUUUUAUUGGAUACCAAUUGAUAUAUUCGUUCCAUCUAACUCGUUUUCUGAUGUAUCUUUAGAACACAAAGUAUGGCUAGGACCAGAACCUCAGAGAGUAUAUAUUAAUUCUACUGACAAUUGGUUCAUCGUGAAUUACAAACAAACAGGCUUCUAUCGUGUUAAUUACGACUUCUCCUCAUGGAAAGCAUUAAUCAACAAGCUAAAUAAUGGAUUCGAAGAUAUCAACGUUUUGAACCGUGCUCAAAUUUUAGAUGAUCUCUUUAAUUUGGCACGCGCUAAUUACGUAGAGUACGAAUUAUUGCUGAACGCAACAAUUUAUCUGAGACAAGAGACAAAUCAUUUACCCUGGAGAGCAUUCUUCAAUGGCCUAUCCUACAUCUACGAAAGAUUUGACCGUCUAAAUUUCCAAGACUAUUUAAUAGAAUACAUUUUGAAUUUAUCAGCUAACAUGUAUAACAAAGUAGGAUUCGAUGACCGCUAUGAUGACAAUCAUUUAGAUAAGUUGAAUCGGGAAAUGAUUCUCCAAUGGGCUUGUAAAUUAAAUAAAACGGAAUGCUUCUACAAAUCUGUAGACCUAUUUGCAGCUUGGCGUAAAAAUAGUUCUGAGCGAAUUCCACCUAAUGCACGAUCAGCUGUUUACUGCACUGCAAUAAGAGAAGGAAGCACGGAUGAUUGGAAUUUCUUAUGGAAUCAGUAUUUAAAGGUGAACUUUGCAUCAGAGAAAAAGAUUAUUACAACUGCACUCGGGUGCUCAACAAAUGACACAGUGCUCCGAAAUUAUUUAGAAAAAGCUAUCAAACAGUAUAAUCCUGCCAAUGUCACCAUUCGCCGACAAGAUAUUUCAGCAGUGUUUACUUCCGUAUAUAGCGCAAGUCCGCUAGGAGUAAAUGUUUUCCUUCAGUUUUUAAUAACAAAUACCGAAGCGUUAUAUCAAUAUUUCGAACGAUGGAACGAAGUCGCCGAUUUAUUUGUUGAUGUGGCAUCGCAUAUAGCGCACGAAGAUCACUACAAUGAUUUGGUAUACUUCGUUCAACACAAUAUAAACCUGUACCCUCCAAUCAUGAGACAGAAAUUACUUUCCGCUAUCACUAUUGCGGAAAACAAUUUACUAUGGUACAAAAAUAACGGCUACAGAAUUGGGCAAUGGGUAGCAAAUGAAAUGCAAAAGAAGACAGUUCUACAAAAUCACUGAAUUAUUCUACAACUAUCAUUACUUUAAUACCUAUACUUUUCUAGUUAUUACUAAAAAUCUAGAUUGAACGGAAGAUAAUAAUAAAUUAUUAUUUUCUUAACUUUUUAUUGUAAAAAAUAAAAUAAAAAUAUUCUUAGUCCA